GCUCCUGACUCCCAUGGCGCUUGUUAGCUUUCUGUUAUGCUGUUGGCUGUGCUGGGCCUCGGGCAGCCUCUGGCCUCCUGCCCGCCUUCCACUCGCCCCAAAGCAGGACUGUAAUGCUCCCCGCCUUUCUCCUGAGAGGGUCCCCCCCUCCCUGGGGGAGAAUGCUGACAUCAUGUUUCCCUGAGCACCGGAAGCCACUCCAGCAAACGGGGUUGUGGGAACCCCAACUUCAGGGAAGUGAAUCGGUCAGUUCCAGAGGCUCAGGCUGGUCACCGGUGUGUGUCGGGGGGCAGUCUUGGGGACGGAGCCCUCAACCCGGGGGGUCGGACGCUGCCCCGGGUCCACACUGUCGGAACCGAAUGAGAAGGCAGCAGCGACCCCUGCGUGGUGCGUGGGGAAGACCCUUCAAACCUGCUCACAGCAGCCUUCUGUGUGGACGUCUGUUGAGGUGGGUGGAGGAGAAACACGGUGUGUAAGUUUUUCCUUAAAACAAAGCAGCACCAAGAAACUCCAGAGCUUCCGAAAAGGAAACGCAAUCGGCCUCCGGGCGUAACAAGCACUCUCGCUCCAGUGACCAUGAAAGAAACGCCAGUUUACCCAACACACCAGCAUCCACACCUCAGGCCAAGGAACAGGAGCUGUGGAGGGCACGCGGGGCGGGGAAGGUCUCCCCACACUGCCCAUGGGGCGUGUGUUUGGCAAUGCCACCAAAUCUACAAGUGGACACACCUUCCCACGAACACCACCCCCGGGCUCUACGCCACCGCUCACACACCCCAGUCCUCCGCCCCAGCAUUUUCCACACGGCUUUGCUGACAGAGUACUGGGAAUAUUCUGGAGGCAGUGGGUAUUCACCGUCCCCACGGGUGACUGUCUCAGAGGGUGCACAGCGGCCACGGCUGCAGCUCAUCAGAGCGCACCGCACUGUGAACACGCAGGGCAGGCUCACCCAGAAUGCUCUGGACAGGUCAGUGAAAAUGGGAGCUUCGCCCAGGAGACGUGGGCUCAGAUCCACGGGCACAUCGGUCCCAGGGCCCAUCAACACCUUGAAAGCCAAAGGCAAGACCCGCUGACCCCGAGAACCUCCACACACCUCACGCCUGUGCCUGCGGGUUGGCAAAACGUGGAGGAGCCAUGCCAGGGCACAGAGCCCCCAGCACACCCUCCAGCUGCCCCCGGGCCCCGCCACACACGGUGUCAGCAGUCAGAGCCUCGUGGAGAUGGCGGCGACGCGGGGACAACUGGACAAAACAUGGAGCCUGACGUGGGACUGCGUGAGGCAGUACCAACGAGGCUUGCUGGCUUUCAGGAGAAGGGGGAUGACAGGCUGGGGUGGGGCUUCCGGUGGGAGAGGGGUGAGGGCACGGCCAAGGGCGCAGAGAAAACGGCUGGCAUCUGAGGAAGGAGACCUCUGAGGUUACAGGAUAGGAAGGGCACAUUCUUCGGAUGGAGACUGUCUGCCCCUCGACUCUGGGUGCAGGCUGCCCAGGGCGGGGCGAGCGGCCAGCCAGGCUCCAGCCUGCCCUCGAAACAGGAGCUGCCGACCAGGGCCGGCCCUGCUGGGGCCGCCACCCACACCACGGCACAGAAGCCACCUGCACGCUCAGACGCACUGUGGCCAGUGCUCCUGCAGGUGACAGAGCUGUCCCUGGAGGGUCAGCCCAGCACCACCUCCACCUCACAGGCAGGGCCAUGGGGGUGGUGCCAAGAGAACCUCCACGAAUGUGCGAAGAGAGAGGGGAGACACAGAGAACGGAAAGAGGAUCUGGAACUCAAGGAUGCCACCAUGUGGGAGCCGGCCAGGCCUCCACAGUUCACGGUCCAGCUACCAUGGAACCAACCCAAGCAGCCACGCCAAAGCGGCCGCCUUCUUCCUGGUCAGGACCUCCACCUAAACUACCACGAAGGAAACCAAUUCCUGAUGCUGCAAGGUUCCAUAAGAGAACUGGGGCCAGGCACAGUGGCUCAGGCCUGGAAUCCCAGCACUUUGGGAGGCCGAGGCCGGAGGACCACUUGAGCCCAGAAGUUCCAGACCAAUUUGGG